GAAAUGCUAUUGUAAUGAUGGGUUUCUAAUUUAGAACUUCCACUCAUUUAUUGAUCCAUAUCUAACCCUAUCAAAUAUGUAUAGGCUCUCCAUACCCAUCUGAUCGGUUCAAAGAACAAGCAGUUGCAAUUAUCAAUCGUUCAACAUAAGACAUUAAAAAAAACAAGGUCUCAAAAUGAACGCAGCUGGAUUCGUUUUGCUCAUCGGAUCUGUUCAACCCGUUUUGGGAGUCAAUCUCUCUGAUUUGGUGUUCCUUCCGGACAAUUAUGAUUUCCAAACGAUUCCACCCACUCCUCUGGGUGGUCCAUUAAUGGUGAACUAUUCCAUUUUUCUCGGAGGAAUUCUGGCCAUCGAUGAGCCAACUCAGUCGAUUAGUAUCGAAUGCAUUCUCAGAUCACACUGGCAAGAUCCUCGGAUACAGACCACAAUGAACCAAAGUGGAAACAUGGAUUAUGUCAUCCUGAAUCGCAACCCAACCUCAUUGAUCUGGUUUCCGGAUGUUUACGUGGAUUCAGCCAAGUCCAUCGAGGUGCCUGCUUAUGUUCUCACCCCUGAAUAUCUUCGAAUCUAUCCCGAUAAAACCCUUUUAUAUGCAUUGAAAAUCACUUUGGACCUCUCUUGUCCCAUGGACUUCAGCAACUAUCCGGUGGAUACUCAGCAUUGCUAUGUCCUUUUCGAGAGUUGGAGCACCGUUAUGACUCUGAUCAAAUUUGGGUGGAACGAAACGGGAAGUCGCAUCCGAGAAAACCUGAACCUGAACCAACAUUAUCUGGAGGUUGAUUUGUGUGGCAAAGAGAUGGUCUUCUACGAAACAGGCAAGUUAAGAAGAACACCUCCUAGCAUGGACAGAUAGGAUAAUCAGGUGUGUUUUAUAUUCAAGUGUGGGUCGCUCAAUUGCCCUGUUCUUAAAGAUUAAAAUUACAAUAAAUUGAUGUUCCUAAGGCCGGGGAUUUU